AAGAUUUUGAAUGAGAUUGAAGACGAAUGCAGAAACAUCUAUAUUGGUAAAAUCGAAAAGGUUAAAGAGGAGAGGAGUCGGCUAAGACAAGACAUUGUUGACUCAGAAGCAAGAGUUAUUGCUAUAUGUUCUGUAAUGGAAGAGCCAUCAGGUCCUGGAAGACAACAACAAUCUGAUCAAUGUGGAAGAAGUUUGAAAGAAGAGUUAGGAAAGAUUCUUCUAAAACUUGAAGAUAUGGAAAAGAGAAAAUCAGAGAGGAAGAAUCAGUUUAUUCAAGUUAUUGAAGAUAUAAAAUGUAUAAGAGAUGAGAUUAAUGGUGAAUCUGAUGAGACUUGUUCAUCUGAUUUUUCGGUUGAUGAAUCCGAUUUAUCUCUUAGAAAGCUUGAAGAGGUACAUAGAGAGCUUUACACACUUCAAGAACAGAAGGUUUCCUAAACUUAACUAAUUACUUCUUUUUUUACUUUAAUUUAAUUUCUUGAUCAAGAGGUUAAUAUUUUGAGGUGUUUUUUUUUGGCUCAGAGGAACCGGAUGAAACAGAUUCAAGAUCAUCUAAGAACUCUGGAAUCGCUUUGUUCGGUUCUUGGUUUGAAUUUUCGAGAAACUGUUACCAAGAUUCACCCAAGUUUAGUAGAAUCUGAAGGGUCAAGAAGUAUAAGUAAUACAACACUUGACAAGUUAGCUUCAUCAGUAAACCAGUGGCAUGAGACAAAGAUACAGAGAAUGCAAGAAGUCAGUUUAAUGUUUACAAACUUUUUUUUUAGUAUCUUACAACUUUGCUCUUUGUUCUUUACAUAUAAUCCAUUUUAUUGAUUGCAGCUUCAAGAUCUUGUGAUCACAAUGCUUGAGUUUUGGAAUUUAUUGGAUACACCAGCAGAAGAACAACAAAAGUUCAUGAGUUUUUCAUGUAAUAUAGCUGCUACUGUUUCUGAAAUAACCAAACCUAAUAGCCUUUCCACAGAUUUGCUUGAAGAGGUUAAAGCCGAGGUUAGUCGGUUAGAGGAGUUAAAAUGGAGCAAAAUGAAAGAACUUGUUUUAAAGAAGAGGUCAGAGCUUGAAGAGAUAUGCAAAAGAACACACAUUGUUAUUGAAGAGCAAGAUAUUGCGGUGGAGAAUGUAAUUAAAGCCAUUGAAUCAGGAGAAGUGAACCCUGAAAAUAUACUAGAACAUAUCGAGUAUCGAGCUGGGAAAGUGAAAGAGGAAGCUUUAAGCAGAAAAGAGAUUCUUGAAAAAGCUGAAAAAUGGUUGAAUGCUUGUGAGGAAGAGACUUGGCUUGAAGAGUAUAAUCAGGUUUGUCUCUUUUAUAAUCAUCCAUGGUCUUUCACCUUUUGUGGUUAGUUAUGGAUUUUUAUGAUUUGUAUAGGAUGAAAACCGGUACAAUGCUGGAAAAGGAUCUCACUUAAUCCUCAAACGUGCAGAGAAAGCUAGAGUACUCGUUAAUAAACUUUCAGGUUUCAUAUAGAUGAUACCAAGAAAGUUUUCAGAUUGUUAUCUUUGUGAGUCUUUUUG